GGAAAGAAGAGGAAGAACGGAAUAGAAAAGGAUAUGAAUGAAGAAGAAAAGAAGGAAAGGUGAGGCAGGAGAGAGAGAAGGAAAGAAGGGAGAAAGAAAAGGAUAGAAAACAAAACGGAGAAUGGGUGUUGGAAGAGAGACGGAAAGCAGAGGAAGAACAUAAGAGAAAGAAGAAAAAGAACAGAAGAGAGAUGGAAAGAAGUGAAAGAACGAAACGGAGACAAAAAAGAAAAGAAGAACAGAAGAGAAAAAAACAAGGAAAAGAACGGAAAAAAGAAGGAAAGAAAAUAAAGAACGAAAGAGAGAAGGAAAGAAAAGGAACAUAAGAGAGAAGGAAAGAAAAGGAACAGAAGAGAGAAGGAAAGAAAAGGAACAGAAGAGAAAGGAAAGAAGAGGAAGAACGAAAAUGGAAGGAAAAAAGAGGAAGAACGAAAGAGGGAAGGAAAAAAGAAGAAGAACGAAAGAGGGAAGGAAAUAAAUGGAAGAACGAAAGUGAAAAGAAAUAAGUGGAAUAGCAAAUAUGUUUUAAUACAAGAGGAAAAUAGUCGAAAAGGGAAGAAAAUGAAAUCACAAAAAAAACAUGUACAGAAAGGAAAUAAUUAUCGCAAGAGAACCGAAAAGGGGAAAUGUUUAGACACGCCUUUGUCCCCAGACCCGAUCGCGUCGCGGCCGCCGACUGCCCCGAGCUGGUCGUACCUCUUUUACGACGCCUUCCAGCGCCUGGUCGACCUCGCCGGGCCGCUGCUGAGGGUCGUGGGCACCGCGGACAGGAACAGCAGGAGUCCCCGCCUGUCCUACAACUACACGGGACUUCGUCAGGAGCGGCUGAGUGGGUGUCGCGGCCUGAGGGUAGUGCGUCUGCUGACGGAGGUCGAUCUGCAGGUGUUUCAAAAGCUUUUUGUGAGAGUCGAAACGAAGGAGACUUGGCUCAUACUCUCUGAUGAGUUUUUUCCGGAGAUGCUGGUGCCCGUGUUCCUGCCUCUCGAUAAUAAGGUGACCCUCGCCAACAUGAGCACGGACGGCGCGAGGGCGUGGCUGUGGGAGAGCUACCAGGUGAGCAGAACGGCGGCGCAGCGCAGGCUCCCCGUCGGCCGCUGGACGUCCUACAAAGAGGGCUUAACGCUGGACCAAAUCAAGGAGGACGCAUCGAAGAACUCCAGAAUCCCAAAGGCUGUCGACGUAGGAAUCCGGGCCAUGAAAUUUGGCAUCCUGGAGGCGCCCCUGGAUGAUCCUUCCCUUCGGCGGCAGGACCUCACGGGCCUCCAUCUCACGUGCGCGACCAUCCAGCCUCCGGGCUACAGUAUCAGUAUCUCGCGGCAAAGUUGCGUCGCUCAAUGCCUAACCCGCUCUCCGUUCCUUCCCGAGCACCCUCCGUUCAGCAUCUGGGAGGAAGGCAAGAACGGAGGCCUUAAAGGUAUUCUGGGAAAAGUCUUCUACACGCUCUCUGAGGUUACCAACUUCACAUACGACUGCCACGAGUCCCUGGACAAACAGUGGGGCGCCGUCGUGAAUGGAAAGUGGACGGGAAUGAUAAAGGAAGUGCUGGACGGGACCGCGGACGUCGCCGUGGCCGCACUCUCCAUGACGAAUCAGCGGUACUCGGUGGUGGAUUUUCUCACUGGGAUGAUAUCUUCAAGCUUCAAGAUUGUAAUGAAAAGGCCGUCGAACUCGGACUACAUGUGGACCGUGUACACGAAACAGUUCGAGGCUGGCGUCUGGCUCAUGGUGAUCGUGGUCAUCGUGGCUCUCUCGGUCGUGCUGUACUUGGUGCUGAGGUACUCCAGGCAGGACGACGACGUGUCCGUUUCGGAGAGCUUUUUCGCCAUCGUCGUCUACUUAUUUGGACAGAGUCCAGAAGUAAGCAUUACGGGCUUGGGCGGUCGGCUGGUAGUGACAACCGUGCUGUUUUUAAACGUGCUCUUGCUGGGCCAUUACACAAGCAAUCUGACGUCCGCCCUCACCGUGGGGCCCCCGCUGCCCCCGCACCGCAACCUCGAAGACGUGUACAACGAUAAGGGCCUCACUUUCGGGUUCGUGAAGGGCUCGGCCACCGUCUCCAACUUCCAGGACUCCAAAUCCGACGUGAUCCAGAAAGUGUGGAAGUCGAUAGACGUGGACAACGACCUCGUCAUCGACUACGAUGAAGGCAUGCAGCGCGUCUACAAAGACUCGUACGCCCUCCUCAUGUGGGAGGUGUACUACGAGCUCAACCACGGCAACGACUGCGGCGUGUUCCUGCUGCCGGCGCCCUACUUCCCCAUCCACACUUCCUUCGCGAUGCGCAAGGCCUCUCCUCUCGUGCCCAUCCUGAAUAAGAUCGUCCUCGAAAUCCUUUCUUCGGGGCUGCUGAGGAAGUGGUGGCUGGAGCUCAACGUGAGGACCAACGACUGCAACCAGCUGGAGACGGCGCCCAUCGAGAUCCAGACGGUCCUCACACCCUUCCUCCUCCUGGGCGUGAGUCUGUUCUUGGCCUUCGUGUUCCUGGCGGCCGAGCGGUGGCGGAGCACGCGCGUCAGGAGUGUUCUCGUGAAGUGAGGAGGGGAGUCCACGGGGCGAGCGGGAAAAUAAAAAAGAGAAGAAGGAAAGCGUUGGAAGAAGCCUGGCAAAUGGAAAAGAAAGAAGAACAGUGAAUAAAGCUAAGGGUUCCUUA